AUCUGGAUGCACGUGUUCCAAGAAAACUGAUCCUGUCGAGCUCAAGACUAAAAAUCAGUCAUGCACGCUAUCAGACACAGACUGAUCGGUCAUGCACGCUAUCAGAGUGAUCUUCAGCUAAUAUUGUAAUCGGAUAACUACAACAAGAACAUUAUGCUGCCCCUUCGUGCUCCGGCUCUCAUCCAAAGGAGCUGUAGAGCUACUCCACGUCCCAGCUCUUCAGCCCCUUUGACACGAGGACAGGCGAGGACCGUUGCGUCCGUAUCUGCAGAUGAUAGCAAAAUAAGCAAUGUUGCAGCUGUUGCAUCAGUAACAGGAUCUGAACAUGUUGACCUCCAGCAGUCCUCCGGUUUGGCGGUCGAGGACAGAAAUAAUAGUGCUGCCACGACUUCUUCUAGUGCGAGGAACUACACUGCAGGGACGGAUCUAAAAAAGAGCCUCAACGGCCGCUUUGUGAGCGAGCGGCUGAGAAAUCUAUGUGGGGAAGAUGGUGAUUUUUACCAAAAAAUGGGCAUUACAUGUUUCAAUCCAUUGUUGAAGCUGCAAGAAAAGGGGACGCAAGUCCAAGACCAGGAUCUUCAGGAGACCACACAGAUGAGUAAAGAUCAUGCGGACCACGAUUGGCGUGAGGAAAGAGAAGCUCGGCAAGCCGCUCUUCUUCAAGACUUUGCCAGCUAUGCGAUCCAUGGAAGAUUCAAGAAGUAUCCAGACGACUUCUGCGUUAGAGAAGUUUCUUCAUCACGAGAGGCUGAAGGAGGACAAAUGCGCGGUCGAAAGGUCUAUGGGGAGACUGCUUCAGGUGGACCACCUAAUAUGGUAGUCCCUGACGAUCCUAGAGAUAUGAAAAACUGGUUUGGCUGGUUGAAGGAGAUGCAAUAUGAGGACACACCGACGGAAUAUCUGAAGAAGAAGGAAGUGGUGAGGGAGGCCGCUGACCGAGCCAAAAUCCAACGAAGAGAUGAUCAUAUUUUCCAGCAAAAGUAUGCCACUUCUGCCGAACCAACUAGUACUCAAACUCCAAAUGAAGACCUGAAAGUGAAUUGGGCUCCACGUCAUUUGUGGUUCGUUGUGGCCAAGCGCAACAGGACAACGGAAGAAGCCAAAAACAUGAUCGCAAGAUACCUUAGAGUUCCAGCAGAGCGAAUCUGCUAUGGCGGUCUCAAGGACCGUAGGGCGCUUACUGUUCAGCACAUGUCACUAAGGGUGUGUAGGGAUUAUAGUGCCAGAUACUUGGAGAAGAAAUUGCUGUGGUUUGGAAAGGGAAGAAAAAGACAAGACGAUAAGGCUGAUACUACGCACAUCGAAAAUUUGAAACCGGAAGAAGAACCCGCAGACUAUACCACUGUUCGCUCACCACCCAGACGUAAGAAAGAUUCCCAGUCGUCCUUAGACUCUUUCAUUGCGAUCUCAAACGUCGAAGGUCGGAUGAAGCAUUGUGCUUUGGGCGCACAGCAUGGCAACCACUUUACCAUUGGGCUCCGAAACGCUAGAUUGGUUAACUUGGAGGAAACCGAUUCCAUUUCCAAUGAGCACCAGAAUGAAAUAGAAGACCAUACAAGAACAAGUACACCAACAUCAAGCACCAGUAGCUCCUCCUUUGGUUCUACUUCGCAAGAAGACCAAGGACUAGGACAAGAAGGAAGUCCAAGUCUUAAGGGUAGGGUAAAGGUGCUUUUGUUCCCGCUUUUUAUGCCUGUCCUAAGAGAGAAAGGCAGAAAAAGCGGGGUCCACGAGCACCAAAAACCUACCUCUAAAAGUCGUCGCAACCCUCAACAUCUUCCAGUCUUUCAAGUUGCUCGUGCACGUGCUUUUCAGGUGGCUAAGCAUGGGUUUAUCAACUACUUUGGUCCUCAACGUUUUGGCACGGGAUCGAUUUUGAGUAGUGAUAUCGGAAAGGCGUGCAUAUUGGGGGAUUACGCGAAAGCAUGCUCCUUGUUAUGAUGAAACGAAAUGAAUUUCAACAGCAAGAAGGAGUUCUCAAACAAGAACAACAGGAACAACAGGUACGAAUUUGAAUAGAAAUUAUAGAAUAGUUGUACUUGCUUGAAGCAUUGUGGGCACCUUCUAAUCUCCAUCAUGCAUGCAAUGGUAAAACCCGAUAACGCACGAGCGCAAGAAGCAGCCCACGCAUUCGAUCGAGGCGAUUAUGACACAGCUUUGGCUAACACACAGCCGAGCAGAUUAGCAGAACGUAACCUGCUUCGAGUGUUGCUCGAACAAGAACGGGACUCGUCUGCUUCCGGAACUUCUACACCUGAUACCCGUUUCGAACGUGCAUUACGGGAAGGUGUGCCCAAGAGUAUGAGACUUUUCUACGCACGCGCCUAUGUCUCAGAGCUUUGGAACCAUGCUGCCAGUGCUCGUUGCCGCGACCACGUAAGUGGGGCAACACCAUUUGGAGACAACCUCGCGGACCUGGUCUUGGUGGACAAGGAUUUGGGGAUAAAGAAUCGCAUCAACAAAAUCCGAACACGAAGAGGAGCAGAGGGAGAAUCCGUAGAAGAGCAACAUGGAGGGCGUGGUUUUGUUGGAGGUGGACAUCAAGAAGAUGACGUUCGAGGUUGUGAUGAGAUAGAAAUCACGUUGCCACGAGUCAGACAGUUCAUGACAUUCGAAGGAGGAAGCGAUAUGGGCGACACGUUGGCCGACAUCGUAGUGCCACUUCUUGGACGGCCGCCUCAGCCACGCGGCGACUCGAAUGAAGGUCAUAUGAUCCCAGAACAGCCUGGCAAUCAUGUCCUCAAAAACACCUCCGAUUAUUGGCAUGAAGUCUACAAAACGUUACUUGGCGGAAAAGACCCCGGUGAGCUCACUGCCAAUGCCCUCCAUCGCGAGUUCGAAGUCGAAGGUGGCUAUAGACGUCUUUUCGCCUAUCCGACCGACGUCAGGGUCACGCGCGGAUCAGAAGAGGUCAUUAGAGUUCCACAAGAAUUUAAAGAAGGAGACGCAGACCAAGAUGCCCAACCAGUACAGCCGCGGCGUUCUGAUCGGUUGCUUUUCACGGUACCAGAGUUUCAUGGACCGGGUGAGGCAUUGGAGCUUCAAAACAACGACGGAGAAGACUCUUCGACGAAUAUCAAGACCAGGCCAGGUCGCAGCUUAGUGUUUAGUUUCACAUUGAAGCCUGGAGAGUAUGCAAGCGUGUGUCUAAGAGAAAUGCUGCAGGAGAAAGACUUGGAAUUUGUCCGAUAGUUUCCUCAUUUAUAAUAUGGCUUUGGGAUCUUCCACUCUUGACUUCUACGCAUACGACGCGAACGCAUUAGACAGUCUCUAUAGUAGCAUUGGACCAUCAGGCACUACCUGAAAGAAGGAGAAAGAUAGAGAACUAAGAGAGGUAUUGACUGAC